GCAGGACACACACUGUGUGUUUAUAGGAGGGCUUGCCAGAGAGGAAUGCUGGGAGAAAGGCUGGCACAGAGGAGGGCUCAGGUGUCUCAGCUCUAAGGAGCAAAGACACAGAGAGCCCGGCAGCAGAGGAGGCCUCAGGAGCCACACAAAGGGCACAAACACCACAGGUCAUGGCUGAGAAGACCAAAGAGGAGGCCCAGCUGUGGAGCGGGACGGAACUUCAGGAUGCUUCCGGCCUACAGGACAGCUUGUUCUCCUCUGAAAGUGACAACAGCCUGUACUUCACCUACAGUGGCCGGUCCAACACUCUGGAGGUCAGAGAUCUUACCUACCAGGUGGACAUUGCCUCUCAGGUGCCUUGGUUUGAGCAACUAGCUCAGUUCAAGAUACCUUGGAGGUCUCACAAAAGCCGAGACUCCUGUGACCUGGGCAUCCGAAAUCUGAACUUCAAAGUGAGGAGUGGGCAGAUGCUGGCCAUCAUAGGGAGCUCAGGCUGCGGGAGAGCCUCACUACUUGACGUGAUCACAGGCAGAGACCAUGGUGGCAAGAUGAAAUCAGGACAAAUCUGGAUAAACGGGCAACUCAGCACGCCUCAGCUGAUGAGGAAGUGUGUGGCGCAUGUGCGUCAGCACGACCAACUGCUCCCCAACCUGACCGUCAGAGAGACUCUGACUUUCAUUGCCCAGAUGCGCCUGCCCAGGACCUUCUCUCAGGCCCAGCGUGACAAAAGGGUGGAAGACGUGAUUGCGGAGCUGCGGCUGCGGCAGUGUGCCAACACCCGCGUGGGCAACACUUAUGUACGUGGGGUGUCCGGGGGCGAACGCCGACGAGUGAGCAUUGGGGUGCAGCUCCUGUGGAACCCAGGAAUCCUCAUCCUGGAUGAACCCACCUCUGGCCUCGACAGCUUCACAGCCCACAACCUGGUGAGAACCUUGUCCCGCCUGGCCAAAGGCAACCGGCUAGUGCUCAUCUCCCUCCACCAGCCUCGAUCUGACAUCUUCAGGCUAUUUGACCUGGUCCUUCUGAUGACAUCUGGCACCCCUAUCUACCUGGGGGCGGCCCAGCACAUGGUGCAGUACUUCACAUCAAUUGGCCACCCUUGUCCUCGCUAUAGCAACCCUGCCGAUUUCUACGUGGACUUGACCAGCAUUGACAGGCGCAGCAGAGAACAAGAGGUGGCCACCAUGGAGAAGGCUCGGUCGCUUGCAGCUUUGUUCCUAGAAAAAGUGCAAGGUUUUGAUGACUUUCUGUGGAAAGCUGAGGCAAAGGAGCUCAGCACAGGCACCUAUGCAGUCAGCCAGACCCUCAGACAGGACACCGACUAUGGAACUGCUGCUGAGCUGCCCGGAAUGAUACAGCAGUUUUCCACCCUGAUCCGUCGUCAGAUUUCCAAUGACUUCCGGGACCUGCCCACCCUUCUCAUCCAUGGGGCAGAAGCUUUCCUGAUGUCCCUCAUCAUUGGGUUUCUUUACUACGGCUAUGAGGGCAAGCAGCUCUCCUUCAUGGACACGUCAGCUCUCCUGUUCAUGAUAGGAGCGCUCAUUCCUUUCAAUGUCAUUCUGGAUGUCGUCUCUAAAUGUCAUUCGGAGAGAUCAAUGCUGUACUAUGAACUGGAAGACGGGCUGUACACUGCUGGUCCGUAUUUCUUUGCCAAGAUCCUGGGAGAGCUGCCGGAGCACUGUGCCUAUGUUGUCAUCUAUGCGGCGCCCAUCUACUGGCUGACCAACCUGCGGCCGGUGCCUGAGCUCUUCCUCCUACACUUCAUGCUUGUGUGGCUGGUGGUCUUCUGCUGCAGGACCAUGGCCCUGGCCGCCUCCGCCAUGCUGCCCACCUUCCACAUGUCCUCCUUCUUCUGCAAUGCCCUCUACAACUCCUUCUACCUUACCGCUGGCUUCAUGAUAAACUUGGACAACCUGUGGAUAGUACCUGCGUGGAUCUCCAAGCUGUCGUUCCUCCGGUGGUGCUUCUCAGGGCUGAUGCAGAUUCAGUUUAACGGACACCUUUACACCACACAGAUCGGCAACCUCACCUUCUCCGUCCCCGGAGACACGAUGGUCAGCGCCAUGGACCUGAACUCACAUCCACUCUAUGCUAUCUACCUCAUCGUCAUCGGCAUCAGCUUUGGCUUCCUGUUCCUGUACUACCUGUCCUUGAAGUUCAUCAAACAGAAGUCCAUUCAGGACUGGUGACACUCACUCAGCCUUGCUCCCACUGGUGGGACCCUUCUCCUUGGGCUGGCUGCCCCUGAGGAGACUGGGGACAAGGAUCACACAGAUUUCAGCAGCAGCCAAGUCUUGGUGCUGCAGUGACACAGGACAGCCACAGGAUGGCAGUAGAAUAAAGACAGUUGAGAGAUGUUUCUGCUCACAGGCCUGGGCUAGAGAUGGGAGAACCAGGUACUUGGACCUGCAAUGUUGCUCAUUCAUUUUAUAUGUUUAUAUAAACAACCCAGUAUGGAAUGGGAACCAAUUAUACAUGAAUUGAGUAGCUAGGUUAUGCAGAAAUGUUUGGAAUCCUGAGAGAAUAGUGGUUUAUAGCAGAACAUUUAGCUUUCUCUUCUACCAUUCUCACACUGUUAAGCCACUCCCAGUACAGAGGGCCACUCUUCUCUUAUCUCUGUGUGGAUCCAUGGACUCCAACCCCCAAAGUUGGACAGCUGAGAGUUAAUUGAGCAUCUACUCAGUAGGUAUGGUAUAAAGCGUGGUGUGUGGCUAGUGUUUAUUCUCAGAACAACCCACUGAUGUGAGCAGCAUCCUGUUAUAGUGGUGAGGACACCGUGGCAAAGACAAAUCCAGUUGUCUCAGCUUACAAGCUGUUUUGUGAUGGAAUCAAAAAGACAUUGAGGCCUUUGGGAGUUACAGAGCAAAAGAGCAGGCCUGAGAUGCCUCUAGGAACAGUUUGCAGAGUUUGUGUGAGCUCAGCCAGGCCUCAGAGUUGCAUCCCCCUCGCUGGGGCUCAGGGUCAGCUUUGAACCUUUCACAGUGGCCAGAGGAUGGGCUGCUACACACCCAGGUUGUGUGCUUCAUGCCUGUGUUGAGGACCACUUAACCCCCAACUCAAAGCAUAGAGCUGGGGAGGGCUUGCUCCCAGAGGAAAACAAGUCUAGAACUGAAAGAAACAGCGGGAGGGUGUUUUAGAUUGGGAGAGAUGCUCUCCAUUGGUUCUCCAGAUCCUGACUGUGUCCGGCAUGGCUCCUGGCCAGCCUCAUAACAACACUGGAUGCUGAUGAGGUAGGCAGAAUCCCAGGACUGCCCAGACCCAUGUACUCAGCACUGUGUUCAGAUUACACCACUGACCCCAGUGUGUACUAGGUUCCACAGUAUACUGUCCUUCCCCAGCAGCCAGUGGCUUCAGGGAGUCCACACAUCCCUGCUGCCACCAUCCAUUGCAUAGAUGUCACUCAAGAACCACAGAGUCCUUAUCCAGGGCAGAGUCAAAAACAUCCUCCGAUUGUUUCUUUCAGUUUGGAAUAGCUAGCUCCUCGGUACCCCCUAACUUUCUAGGGUAGCUUUCAAUUUGGAUUUAAUCUGGUGCAUUUCUCAAUUAAAUCCAGGCUGGGCCCCUUUGGUCAGAAUAUCCAGAAAUGGAAUUGGUUUUUCCUUUGCAUGUCCCGCCAGGCGGCUCAUGGUUUCCACUUGCUGCAUGCUGCUGACUUUGAUUGCCUGACAGAAGGCACGUCUGCUGGACCCCUCCAUGCUCCUCUGUUCCCUCUUUUCAUAAUAAAGCUUUUGGAUGCCA